AUGAGCUCCCCGGACAGAGAGGGGGGUCAUCCCGGGGCGAGCUGUGUGUUUGCGGGCUGUGCUGUCACCCGGCAGACCCCCCUCUCACCGCCACAGCAUCACCCAGCAGAGACCUUGAGUCUGAGGAGAUCUCAGCUGGAACGGAUCCCAGACAGUGUCCUGGAGAGCUCCUCCCUGACGUAUUUGUGUCUGGAAGGGAACCUCAUAUCCAGUAUCCCAGAGUCCAUGUUCAUCAGCCUGCCCAAACUGCUGUGGCUGGACCUGAGAAAAAACCAAAUUACAUCGCUCCCGCCUGAAAUCGGCUCACACAGGUGUCUGAAAACACUUCUUCUUGAAGGAAACCCGAUCUCAGAACUUCCCCCUGAGCUUGGAAAUGUGAUUUCCCUGAGUGGCCUGAACCUGAGGGACUGCCCCGUCCGUUUCCCCCCGCAGCACAUCCUGCACCAGGGCCUGCAGGUCAUCCUCCAGUACCUGAGGACCGCUCUGGCUCAGCGGCCAGUCAUCACCAGCAAAACCCCUCCAGGUGACCGCAUUCAGACGAUGGUGUUGCCCCUGAUCGCUGUUUCAGAGCUGCCAGCGCUGGAGAAGCUCCAGCUGUCGGAGCUGGACGAGCAGGAGGACUCGGUGGACGAGGACGACCUGCAGAGGUUCAGGGAGCUGAAGGAGAGGCUGACCCUGCUGGACCGGUCCGAGCUGGCCUCCGUCGCUCAGGGCCGGAACAGAUCCAACUCACAAACCCUCCCCACGAACAGGAAUUUAUUUGUCAGGAAAAAGACAACCACAGAGGCGGGAGUAAUCCCCAAGCUCCCGCUGUUUGAUACUGAGAGCGGGGAGAGGCCGGAGGAGAGGAGGCGGGCGGAGAAGGAGAAACAGGCCGUCCUGGAACAAAGAAGAAAAAGCAGAGAGGCUCUGCAGAAGUGGCGCACCAAAGCCAAACUGGCCCAGGAGAGGAGAGCGUUUGAGCUGAAGAAAAAGAAGCUGGAGAGACAAAGGAAGCAGGAGGAGGAAGAAGCCUCUAAAUCUGGUUUGGAGCGCGGCGACUGUGCUCCGUCUGUGGAAGAGAACAGGUCAGCCUCAGAGCUGCAGCGACAGAUCCGCACACACGUGGAGAAGAUGCAGGAGAGACGCAGUAACCCGAAAGGCCCCGGCACCGAGCAGGUCGCAGCAGCAGAGGACGACGUCAGACAGAUGACGAAAUUACAAACUCUGGUUCUGGAGAGGAAGAGAAAUCUCGGGAAGGAGCUUGAAAAAACCUUCACUAUCUUCAAUACAGACACCUGGUCAGACUUGACUGAUAAGUGACAGGAAACACA